AUGGUAACGACAGAGCCAUCCUUUUCAACUUUCCGAUUCGUCCAGUCCAGCGGCCAGCCCGAAAACAGAAAGAGAAUAGCAUCCAAGGCGUGUGAAUCAUGUCGACGGCGGAAGAAAAGGUGUUUUCACGCGCCUGAAAAUCAGGAAGACUCCGCCCACGGUGCAGAACAUGGCGGUGCUGGCGGUCGGGCGGCCAACGAUACACCCAGUGGCCAAACCGUUACCAGCACGUUCGAGAGCCAGCGCGGAGAGCACAGCCUUUCAGGUGUUCAACGAGUCGCUUACCAGGCCCCUCAAACAGGAGAUACGGCCACCUCACUGUCAGUUCACAGUGCUACAUCCCAUCCGAGAUUUAUUGGCGACUUGAAUCCAGAAGUGGAGCUGCUCACGGCAACAACCCCGGCAAGGCAGCCGAAGAACAAUGUUGGCGUCUGGCACACUGAAUCUGCCGACCAGCCGCACCCCGAUAGCGGGCUGAAUCUGUCUUCACCAUUGAGCUUGUUCUAUGGCAGUUCGGGCUCUAUCCAGAGCCAGUUGCAGAACAUUGCGAAGACUCAGUGUCUGGACAUCUGUCCUUGCUGGCAAGACUUCGAGAUUUUGGAGGCGUUGUAUUUCGAGAAUAUUCAUCCCAUUCUGCCGUGCGUGGACAGGGACACAUACUGGAGCAGCCCUGUCGACAGCCCGACCAAGGCUCUUCUGCAACAGAUCAUCUGCCUUAUGACCUGUCCCAGUCCUUCAGUGAGAGGCCUCUUGAGGCUUCCAGGUACUGAAGGUUUACUGUCACCUGCAGACUUUGCGCGCAAGAUUGUAGCGGCCAUGAGGCUGAGCAUCGAGUUGGCUCUGGUCUCGGACAAGGCUGUAGUCAUACAAGCUCUCAUGGCCAUGUCUCUGAUCGCAUAUGGACGCGAGAGCCUGGAACUAACGCCCCAGUUCUUCAUUCGAGCGGUGCAGCACGGCUACACGAUUGGCCUGCAUCAGCCAGGUGAUGCUCAGAGAAAUGAUAGGACAGCGGCGUUGUUCUGCAGUGUCUGGUCGAUGGAUAGACUGCAUGCUGCUAUGCAAGGCCGGCCGGUAAUAAUGCACGAGGCGGACAUGGCGAAAGUCCCGAAAGAAGAGGCAUCUAACCAACAGCCUGAAUUCAAAGUCCUCAUCUCCAUUGCGAUGUUGCUUGACAAAGUGAUUGGGUUGUAUAGACCAGGCGCUUCCUCUGUCGAGAUCUCAGAUGAUGAUUUCCCCUCGUUUGAGGAGAUCCUCGAAGAGUGCAGUGCCACGGACUCACCAUCACACCUGAUAGCCACGUUGGAGUUAUUCUAUCAUGCUGUAGCCAUCUUGUCGUGUCGAUACAGCUCUGGGCCCCGUCGAGAUUCGCACAAUGGCCGAAACAAUCGACAAGCAUCAUCGGCAAUGCAAAUAUUGUCUAUCAUGGAAGACUCUAAUGUGUCCGAAACCCUUGUCUUAAUGCCCUGGCAUUCGAAGGCGUUAACGCACCGUACUCGUGCGAGGAAACGCCUCGCGCAAGCAUACAAGCAUUUGCUACCAUCAGGACAAGUCUUUUGGUCCGCUGCGUUCAUGGCAGAAAUGGCCGGAAAGAUACUAGCCGAGCGUCACGUCGAUGAAAGCGAACCGGCUCAAGAGUCAACCCGUGGGCCCUUAGCUCCGCAGAACGGCGUGCAAGCUUUGCUUGAGAAUGAGUCAAAUCCUCCCAAUGCGUCUUUGGACUCUGGGCAGCCUCUUUACGACUCUGGCACCGACUGGAAUCUUGACGACCUGGACACUAUCCUGGAGGGCAACCUCGAUCCAAGCAUCUCGUGGUAUCCCCAAGAUUUACAAGAGCUUUUCGGCCUGGACUUGCAAUGA